AUGGGCGGAGCCACGCAGGGACGAUAAACCCACUCUGAAGUCGCCCGGGUGGGGGAUAAAAAUAGUGAAAAUCGCCGCCCCGCUUUCACCGACGACUGUUUAUAUCUCAUCAUUUCAACAAAGAGAGGGAGGCCAGCCCAGGAUGAACGGCGAUUCAGGUGCCGGAGUGGUGACGGCUCCCCCUCCCACCACAGCCCCCCAUAAGGAGCGGUACUUCGACCGGGUGGAUGAGAGCAGCCCGGAGUACCAGAGGGAGAGAAACAUGGCUCCCGACCUACGGCAGGACUUCAACAUGAUGGAGCAGAGGAAAAGGGUCUCCAUGAUACUACAGAGCCCGGCAUUCUGUGACGAGCUGGAGACAAUGAUCCAGGAUCAGCUGAAGAAGGGGAAGACGCCUACAAGCCUGUUGGCUCUGCAGCAGAUCGCUGACUUUAUGACCACCAGCAUGCCUUCAAUGUAUCCUGCUGCACCACAAGGAGGCAUGGCAGCGCUCAACAUGAGUUUGGGUAUGGUGACUCCAGUCAAUGACUUGCGUGGCUCAGACUCUAUCUCAUAUGAUAAGGGGGAGAAGCUGCUUCGCUGCAAGCUGGCUGCUUUCUAUCGCCUCACUGACUUGUUCGGCUGGUCCCAGCUUAUCUACAAUCAUCUCACAGUCAGGGUGAACUCAGACCAGGAGCGCUUCCUUAUUGUCCCUUUUGGGCUGCUGUACAGUGAAGUCACUGCGUCCAGUCUGGUGAAGAUAAACCUUCAAGGCGAGGUAGUAGACCGGGGAAGCACCAACCUCGGGGUCAACCAGGCCGGCUUCACUCUACACUCUGCUAUCUACUCUGCAAGGCCUGAUGUCAAGUGUAUUGUGCAUGUACACACACCCGCGGGUGCUGCGGUGUCAGCCAUGAAAUGCGGCCUGCUGCCCAUCUCCCCUGAGGCUCUGUCUCUGGGUAAGGUGGCCUACCAUGACUACCAUGGUAUACUUGUGGAUGAGGAAGAAACCGCCAUCAUACAGAGGAGCCUGGGGCCUACCAGCAAGGUGCUCAUCCUGAGGAAUCAUGGUUUGGUGUCUGUGGGUGAAACUGUGGAGGAAGCUUUUUAUUACAUCCACAACCUGGUCACUGCCUGUGAGAUUCAGGUGCGAACACUGGCCAGCGCUGGAGGGCCAGAUUAUCUGGUGUUUCUGGACCCGGAGAAAUACAAGUCUCGCCCACGGGUCCCUGAGCCAGCCGGAGACGGGUCCUCUACGUACCCCAAGUGGCAAGUCGGGGAGCAGGAGUUUGAGGCUCUCAUGAGAAUGCUCGACAACUUGGGCUACAGGACGGGCUAUCCUUACCGCUGCCCGGCCCUGCGAGACAAAGCUAAAAAGUACAGUGACGUGGAGAGCGCUCCCUCCGCCCACGGUGGUUACUCCUACGGGGAGGACAGUGACUCAGGUGCUCGCUCCCCGCUGAAACACAGCUUCCAGCGCGGCCAGCGUGACAAGACCCGCUGGCUAAAUGCCGGCGGCCGGCCCGACGAGCCUUACGAGGACGGGCCCGACGGCAGCAGCCCCAAGUCGAAGCCUAAGUGGACAAAAGAAGAUGGACUCCGCCAGGCUGCCGUAGCCAAUCAAUUCAUCCCGAUGAACACCAACCCAAAAGAAGUCCUGGAAAUGAGGAAUAAGAUCCGGGAGCAGAACCUGCAGGACAUAAAGACCGCAGGGCCCCAGUCUCAGGUUCUGUGUGCCGGCUCUGUGGUGGAGCGCUCCUUCAACCAGGGGGAGCUGGUGACCGCGUCCAAGGCCAUCAUCGAAAAGGAGUACCAGCCCAAGGUUAUCGUCAGCAAGCAGGGUCCCAACCCCUUCACCAAACUCACCGACCAGGAGCUGGACGAAUACCGCAGGGAGGUGGAGCAGAAACAGAAAGGGCCCGAAGAACCAGAGCAACUAGAAGAGCCUGAGGAAGAGGCAGCUACAGGCCAGAAACCCACCUCCACGCCCCCCAGCACCCCGGUUAGAGCAGAGGAAGAGUCCCUGCCAGAGCAAACCUAUAAGGAUGAUAGCGACGCAGCCACCCUGAGACAGACCCUUCCAGAUUUAACGCCCGACGACCCCUCCGACGCUCCAGCACUUCCUGCCGAAGACUCCGCCUCUGCCCCUAUCACCGCAGACGCAGCCGAGGGGGAGGAAGCCGCUGAGGCUGGCGACCAGGAGGGUGAUGAGUCUCCCAGCAAAUCGCCCUCCAAAAAGAAAAAGAAGUUCCGCACUCCUUCCUUCCUAAAGAAAAACAAAAAAAAGACAGAGUCCUAGAUUGGAGAAUGUUGGAUCGGUCCUCAAGGCUGGCCUCUGCCUCCUUUUUUAUUUUUGCUUUUUUGUCUGCUAUCAUUGCACCCUUCGAGCAAGCCACAGUUACACACAAUUAUGCUUUAUUUGUUGUUUUGAUAUCAUUUGUCGCUGGCUUAUUAACCUAUUUUUCCUCGUUAGUGUGUGCCAAUUUUAUAUACAGUGUAAAAAUGAUUGAUUGCAUAAAGGUUUUUCAUUAUUAGAGGCUUUUAGUUGUGAGUGAGUGAUGCAUCCUGUCUUGUCCACUCCAUCUGGCCUUUUAUGCAUGUCUAUUACUACAGGCCCACAUGCUUGAUGUGAGGUCUUUAGGGUUUUAUCACCCUCAUUUUUUUUAAAGAAAAAGAAGAGUAUUACUAAACAGUUGUAACCACUAGAAUGUAUUGGGAUUGUAUCAGAAAUAUGUCAAAGUGUCUUUUACAAAACAGUGAAUGCAGAAAGGAAACAAAGCUUGUACCCUCUCAUUUAACUGGUGGUUAAGACGACUACAAAUUGCAUAGAGCUAAUUUUACCUCUGAAGCUGUGCACCCUUGUAAUUACAUGUUAGCAGGCCAGGAGAAGGAUAUCUUCAGUCCAUUAUUUACCCUGGGAAGAUGCAGUCAUAUGAAGCUCAUAUUAAUGUAUCCGCCAUCCAAUAUUUUUGAUUAAAUCCGCUGCAUAAGAGCUAAAAUCACAUAUGGAUGUUUGUUGACUUCUUCUUUUUUUUAUACUCAAAAAACUCAGUCUUCUACCCUCAAAUAUUUGGCACAGCCUUACAGGUACAUUGAAUAGUGCUUUAGCUCUUUGAUGAUCUGAUGAUUGGUUGGAUAUUUCUCAAAGCGGAUUUGUGAAGAGUAACUAUCUGCAGUGCUGCAAACCUGCAGAUGGUAUUGUCUGAGCCUUUUGAUGUCAGACAUGGUUCACAACAAAGAGUGAGUCAUCCUGAGAAGCGUCAGCAAGCAUUGUGUUGGCUGAUUGUUCCAAGGGUUGAUAAUGUGUUCACUACUGGCUCUAAGUCUUUAGUAUGAAGGAAUGUAUACAAAAAUAUUCAGUUUUUCACUUUUUGUUUAAGCUCAGCUUUGUUUUGCAUUCGCCCCUUGAUUUCUCUCUAUGUUUGUGAAAGACAGUAUAUUAUGUGAGAUUACAUAUUUCAUUUUGUUCGAGAUUGUUUUUUGUUUUUUUUUUCCUUUUACUUCCUGAGCCAUGAUUACUUGCUGUGAGAGAGCACUGUGAACCUCCUCAUUUUUAAAAAAAGAAAAACCACUGUUUGGAAACUCAUACCGCACAUAUUACUUUUAGUAGUCACACAGUGCAUCAUUAGAAGUAGAUACAAAACAUGUCAAUGACAAUGUCACUGUUACAAAGCUGCAUGAUCAAUCAGUCAUAUUUCUGCACUCUCAACCUGGACUCUCCUGUGUAAAACUCCACUCUGAGCAAAUAGACUUUUAUCACUGAACACCUGUUUGUUUCCAGUUACAGUAAAGACACAAUGUACACUGGAGAAGCAAUUGUUUUUUGUUGUUGUUGUUGUUAUUGUUUAUAUGUCACUGGUGUGUGAUUGCAGAUGAGCUGUGCUUCAGGUUGCGGGGCAUUAAUACCAAGGCCAAUUCCAUGCAUUGCUUCCUAACAUGUGUUUAUUCAUCCUGUUUUAGUUAUAGGUUGGUGACCAGUCUAUGUAAAUAAAGGUGAACUAAAAGGCAAAACUAACAGGAAACCCAAUGAAUCAAAGAUGCUUGAUAAACCCCAGCCUUUGUUUCACACAGGUGGUGUACAGUAUGUAGAGCACUACAUACAAGCUGAGAAUGUCUGACUCCUGGAGGACUGCAUGUGUAGAGUGCUUAAAGCUUGUACUGUCCUUUUAAACAACUGUAAUAACCCCUUUUUUAUUUUAAGUAUAUUUUAUUUUAGCUUUAGUGUGCUGAUAACAAUACUGAAGUCCUUUUUUUUUUUAGUUUUCAUCCCAGUCAGCCAUAGUUGUUUUUUUUAGUCUCACAGUUAUGCUGAUUUGUAUUCAGUCCGAACCACUUCUAAUUAAAUGUCUCAUCAUUCUACCAUCUACUGACUUAAUACUUCCACCUGUCUCAUGGUCCUGCCUCUUUUACAACCAUGAAUAAAAACACUACCUUUAAAAUCUGUU